UUCAGACUGGGGUGUGUGUGUUACUGCAGCCAGGGACUGAGGGAAGGAUGCGUGCAGCUGACGGCUGGAUCACUCUCCCUGCUCUCCUGGCUCAGUCAUGUCAAACAACAGCGCCCCUAACAGCAGUUUGGUCCUGGCCCAGAAGGCAGUUAAGCAGCUUCGUCUGGAGGCCAGUGUCAACAGGAUAAAGGUUUCUCAGGCCGCUGCAGAACUGAAGACCUUCUGUUUGCAAAAUGCCCACAAAGACCCUCUCCUGACCGGGGUGCCCUCCAGUGAUAACCCCUUCAGGCCUCCCAAGUCAUGUGUCCUCCUCUGAGGACUGUGAAGAAGUGAAAAAACAAAUGCCUGAUCAUUCUGAUGUGGAUUUCUGUCAUGUGCCCCACUGCCUCUGAAGAUAAAGAAGUCAAGACUCUACACACACUCAUUCGCACAAACACAAAAACACACACAAGUUUUCACUGGGGCAACUACGGAAUGAUGCUGAAAGCUUCGGUUGAAACAUUUUGUAAUGCUGUAUACCAAAUCUAUUAGGAUUUAUGUGUCUGUACAUUUAUAAAGCAAGCUACUUUUCAUGGUUCAAGGCUCUACACUAUGAUAAACAGGCCUUAAUGCCAGUAUGGUAACCUGAUAUACUGUUAUAGGUUGAUGGGUAUCUGCUGAUCUUGUGGCUGGCAGUGUGAACAUGUGGUCCAGUUCAUACAGGUCAAACAUGCUCUCUCAACAAAUGAGCAAUUUUAUGAUUCACCAUUAAAAGUUACCAUGUUUGCCA